AUGUCAUAUAUUUGUGCGAAGUUCUGCUGUGUGGUGGUCUUGCGUGGAAUGUCAAGGAUAGAGACACCAACAUCGCAUAUGAAAAAGUUAGAGGACGUCAAAGACCCGGAUGGUCAACGCAGUCAGCACGAUGUGCCUCCGUUCCUUCAACAGCACCCGAUCACAACUCCUGCACCGCUUCGUUUGACCAAUGUAAAUCCAUUAGUUCUUGUCUUCGAUGGCGCCCCGAAUGCUCAAUGCCAGAAAACGUUGAAUAUUGCAAACGCCUCUAACGAUCGCAUUGCUUGGAGGGUACUCUCCAACGCUCCUACUCGCUACGUCGUCUCACCAAAUAAGGGAUUUCUUUUCAGACAAGAGCGAAUCGCUGUGCAAGUGAUUCUUCUUAAUGGAGCAAAAUAUCAUCGCCGUCAUGCUUUCGUUGUUCAAGUAAAGCCAGCAAGAAUGGAAGAGAACAACCGCAAAUUGACUUGGACAGAUAUGUCGGCCGCAGAAGCGAAACUCGUCCAAAAUACAAAGAUUGGAACGAUGUGUCCAACUGUUGUGGAUAUUACACCAGUGACAUCAAGCGGCUCAAGCACAUCUUCGAAAUCGGUAGUCGAUACAAACUCAGCCAGCAGUGCCUCAUCAUCUGCACUUUCCAAAUCUUCGGUGAAGGAUGAAGAUCAUGGCCAGUAUGCUUCCAGAGUAAAAGAACUCACUGAAGAGAUAAAGAAGGCAGCAGAACUGAAACAAAUCAACACACAACGUAUGGUUGAUGCUGUGAAUGAGGUGAAGAAACUUGAAGUGGAGCUAGAUAGAGCAGGGCAGAAUCUCAGCCAGAUUCAGCAAAAGUUCAACGACCAUGAAGCCAUCGUUGCUGAGUUGCGCCUACGAGCCAAGAAAAUACACGAGCAAUUACUGAUCGCUCGCGAAGCGGACAAAAGGCGAAACGCUGUGUGAAUUUUAAAAAAUUACGAAAAUAUGGUUACAUGAAUUCGCAGUGAUGUUUGUAUGGUAUUCGGAAUGAAGGUUGUUGGAGUAC